AUGGCUGUGCAAAGUGGUGCAAAUUUACUUUUAGCCGCUGCUUCAAAAGAUAGGACUUUAAGACUAUGGAAGUUUGAUGCAGAGGAUUCUGUGGACCAUCCUUCCAAGAUUAGAGCUUAUAAAGUUUUGCGUGGGCAUAAUGCCUCUAUGCAAAGUAUUGCUGCACAGCCUUCUGGAGAUAUGGUCUUGGCCAUUAUUACUUACUCUCUUGUUGAUAAUGAUUAUAUACACGAUGUUGAAUGUGUGAAAAUUAUCUUCAUGCACUUCCCUCUUUUUAUUAAGUUUUCCAGGUGUGUUCUGGUUCUUGGGACUGUAGAAUUAAUCUAUGGUCGACAAAUGAGUUUGAUGCAGAAGGUGACCUAGUGUCAAUCAAGAAGAGAAGAAAGGAUACAGAAAAUGAGGACUCUCAUUAGAGUGUACGCGACAUAACCUUCAAAUGAUCGAGUGGUUUGGGUUUUGAAGUCAUUGAAAGCCUGAGUGGAAUGAUUAUUGUAGUUCAUUUAGCUUUGCAUGAACUGAUUCAAUGUGUCCUCAAGACUUCUCUUGUGUGGUGGUUGGUACGGUUGAUAUGCAAGAGGUCCUAAAGGUGGUGGUUGUGAACCUUGUUGGGGAUUUGAAAGAGUUGGUUGUGUAUUCCUCUAACUAAAAUUUGGGUUAUUCUGUCACCUUGGAUUAUACGUUUCAGAAUAAGGGUUAGAAUAAGGCUUGGAAAUUUUAUUUGUUUGUUCUAACAAGACCUCUUUGAAUGCAGGAAUGAUAUGACACUCCCCAGUAGGGUGGCCCAUCAGCGCACAAAUCCCACGAACUUGUUCUAUGGGAGGGCCAAUAUCAACUUGAUUUACCUUUUUUAUCUCUAGAGUUUCAAUCUUUCGAGACAAGGUAGUCAUUGUCGCUCUCAGGUCAUCAUCUUCUUUCAAGACAUACUUACCCCAUUAGGAAGUAGAUGGUUUGGCUUUAACUGUGGUAGGAGAGGCUAAGUCCCACAUCUGAGAACUCGGAUAUGGUGUCAAAAAAAUUGAAUGCCUCCUCUAGACUUUUUCUCAUGAACUCUCCUUGAGUCAUCAUUUCAACAAACUGACGUAGUCUAAUAGGCAAAGAAUCAUAGAAAAAUUCUACCAAAGUCUAAUUCUCAAAAGCAUGGUGUGACCAGGCUUGAAGUAGAUCCUUCAAUCUCUCCUAAUAUUGGUAAAAUAUUUCUCCCUCUUUAACUGAAAAAUUCAUGAUUUGCCUUUUGAGUGCAUUGGUAUAGUGUAGAGGAAUUUUUUUUUUAAAAAAACUCAUUCUGUAAUACCUGCCAAUUUGGUAUUGAAUGAGCUUUCAAAGAAUUUAGCCAUUGUUUUAGCUUUAUCCAUUAAAGAAAAAGAAAAAAGUUUCAACUUGGUCAGUUCAGAAUUAUCUUGGAAUGUUUCACGUACCUCCUCAAAAUCUUUAAUAUGCAGAUGUGUUUUUUUAUUCGAGUACAUGAAAUUGAGGCAGUAAUUGCACUAUCCCUACCUUUACAUUAAAGAGGGGCGCAUUUGCAGGAAACAUAAAACAAGAGAGGACACUGUUUCGUGUGGGAUGCAAAUAAUCUCGUAGAGUUUGAAUGUUAGGAACUUCCCCUUCUCUCUCAAGAACUUCCUCUUCUCUUCUAUUAUUGGCCAUGCUAUUAUUAAAAGGGUCUGCUACUGAUCAAGGUGAAGAUGUUCCAUAUUGAUUUAUGGACCCAACAGAUUCUUCUGGCAAAUUAGGAAAGCGAGGAUCGUCCUCAGACAUAAAAUAAGAAUUAGAUAUAGUAAAUCAAAAAUAUAUACAACAAAUGAAUGUCUUUUCACUUUAUAAUUUUAAACACCUUUUGGUUCCCCGAUAACGACAUCAAAAACUUGACUUGAUUCGAAAUGUGUGCACCAAGUGCAAGCGGUCAAGUUGUAGUUAUAAUCCGGUUAAGUCCGAAAUUGAAUCCACAGGGAACUACUGUUGGUGUUUUGAAGUAAUUAGUGACAGAGACCAAAAUGACUGGAACCUUUGAGAUUUGAAGUUAUGAUGAUUAUAGAGUUUCCUGGAUAAAAUAUAAGAUUCUCUUAAUCGAAAGAGUCACCCUUUUGCUCGAGGAUUUGGACAUGUAGUCAAUUAUCCGGUUGUUAUAUUUGUGCUUGAGAACUCAAUUAACUUCUAUGUCAACAACAAGUUAAUUGGAGGAUAAAGAUGGACUACGAGAAUUAAGAGAAUGGUUCCAAUGUCUUUGUAGAGAUUUACAAGAAUUGUCAGUGUCGGGACUCAACCUGUCUACAAACAAGUAAGUAAUUUUACAAGUCAUCCAACCUCUGAUAUUAUUCCAUUCUUAGUUAAAGCACAAUAAUCAGUGUUUUAAAACUCGGCCUGACCCGACAAAUUGACCAGGUGAAUCGGUGCCUAAACCGAGCCGGUUCACCUAUUGGAUCGUUUAUGCAAAAGAACCAGAGUCAACUUGGUGAACAUGCAAAAAUUUGGAACCGUCAAACCGGAUGGGUUCCAUCAAACCUGGUGGGUCAUUUAAUUUACUAUGAAAGGUAUAUUUUUGGCCAUUUUGGGCAUUUUGCCCUAAAUUGUGUUGCCCAGUCAGCCCCCUUUGUGGACGUCGUUCGCUCCCCUCCCUCCCUCUUUCCCUCUCUCUCUCUCAGAUUCUCAAUCUUUCUUGCUCUACUCUGCUCUGGUUUUAUACAGUAGUGUGCAGUGGGAGCUCGAAAGGGAGUGAACCUCAAUCGAAGAGUUGAAGUCUAACGGUCUCAGAUCAAAGGUAUGUCCAAUGACACUCGCUCUACGUGUUGUGGAAGUGGAGCUAGUGAAGACUCGAAUGCUGGACAUGGACUCGAUUGGAUCUCCAUCGACUUCAGUACUCAUUCUCUACACAUUUUCUUCCCUCAAGCGAGACUCUAGGCACUAGCAGGUUGAUUGAUUAUGGCUUUGUUGAUUCCGUAAAACUAGAUUUAUUAUGGCUUUGUUGAUUCAGUAAAACUAGAUUGUUUGUAUUUAAGUUUGAUUUGGUGAAAAUUUUAGUUAAAUUUGGUUUGAUAUAGAUUUUGAUUUUGAUAUAGAUUGAAGAUUUGAA